AUGACGACCCACCACAGCGGCCCCACCGGCGGCUUCUGGGGACCCCUGAAGCCAGCAGCUGGAGCUGACAGUCUGGAGAGCCGUCGGGCCUGGUCGUCUAAGACCUGGGGUCCAAGUCCCAUCGACCUGGGGGAGGCCGGGACAGCUCUCCUGCCUCACCGGGUGCCGGCCGCAGCCAUGAGCCAGGACGCGGACCCCAGCGGCUCCGAGCCACCGGACAGAGAUGCCCGCAGCGUGCCCGGUGCCCCGGCGCCUCCAGCGGGCCCGCGAGGGAUGCAGCCGCCGCCUCCGCCCCCCGCCGGCCUACCCCAGAUCAUCCAAAAUGCCGCCAAGCUCCUGGACAAGAACCCGUUCUCGGUCAGUAACCCGACCCCCCUGCUUCCUUCGCCUGCCAGUCUCCAACUGGCUCAAUUGCAAGCCCAGCUCACCCUCCACCGGCUGAAGUUGGCACAGACAGCUGUCACCAACAACACUGCGGCCGCCACCGUCCUGAACCAAGUCCUCUCCAAAGUGGCCAUGUCCCAGCCGCUCUUCAACCAGCUGAGGCAUCCGUCCGUGAUCAGCGCCCCCCACGGCCACACCGGGGUGCCCCCACAUGCUGCGAGCGUGCCCAGCGCCCGGUUUCCCUCUAACACAAUCGCCUUCUCACCCCCGGGCCAGACACGAGGCCCGGGACCCUCUGUGAGCCUUCCCAGCCAGCCCCCCAACGCCAUGGUGAUGCAUCCCUUCACUGGUGUCAUGCCUCAGACCCCUGCCCAGCCGGCGGUCCUCUUGGGCAUUGGCAAGACUGGGGCAGGUCCCGCCACGGCAGGAUUCUACGAGUAUGGCAAAGCCACCUCCGGCCAGGCCUACGGCUCCGAAACGGAUGGUCAGCCCAUCUUCCUGCCGGCCUCGGCCUCUACCUCGGGCGGCGCGACCUAUGAAGGACAGUACAGCCAGUCGGGCCAAGAUGGCCAGGCUGCCUUUCCCAAAGACUUCUACGGAGCCAACUCCCAAGGGUCACACGUGGCAGGCGGGUUUGGGGCUGAGCCCACGGGGGGCCUGAAAGGGGAGGUAGGUCCGCUGCUGCCGGGUCCAAACAGCCAGUGGGAGAGCCCCCACGGAUUCUCUGGCCAGAGCAAGCCUGACCUCGCAGCAGGCGCCAGCCUGUGGCCUCCACCCCCGAGCCAGUCCUACGAGCUGUAUGACCCCGAGGAGCCCACCCCAGACAGGACCCCUCCUUCCUACGGGGGUCGGCUGAACAACAGCAAGCAGGGUUUCAGCGGUGCACGGCGGCGGGCCAAGGAGGAACCGGCGGUGCUGUCCGUGCGGCCCCUGCAGGCUCACGAGCUGAAUGACUUUCAUGGGGUGGCCCCCCUCCACCUGCCACACGUCUGCAGCAUCUGCGACAAGAAGGUAUUUGAUUUAAAGGACUGGGAGCUGCAUGUGAAAGGAAAACUCCAUGCUCAGAAAUGCCUGGUCUUCUCUGAAAACGCUGCUGUCCGGUGUGUUCUCGGUUCGGCAGAGGGAACUCUGUGUGCCUCUCCCAACAGCACGGCCGUUUAUAACCCUGCUGGGAACGAAGAUUAUGCCUCAAAUCUUGGAUCAUCAUAUGCAGCCAUUCCAGCAAGGUCAUUUGCUCAGUCAAAUCCCGCCUUCCCUUCGACCUCCCCGGGGACAAAUUUUGUACAGCGGAAAACGGGCACUGGCCGCGUGGUGCAUAUCUGCAAUCUUCCCGAGGGGAGCUGCACUGAGAAUGACGUCAUUAACUUGGGGCUGCCCUUUGGAAAGGUCACCAAUUACAUCCUCAUGAAGUCUACUAAUCAGGCCUUUUUAGAGAUGGCUUACACAGAAGCUGCUCAGGCAAUGGUCCAGUAUUACCAAGAAAAGUCUGCUAUGAUCAAUGGGGAGAAGUUGCUCAUUCGGAUGUCUAAGAGAUACAAGGAAUUGCAGCUGAAGAAACCUGGGAAAAACGUGGCUGCCAUCAUCCAGGACAUUCAUUCCCAGAGGGAGAGGGACAUGUUCCGGGAAGCAGACAGAUACGGCCCCGAAAGGCCUCGAUCUCGCAGUCCCGUGAGCCGGUCACUGUCCCCGAGGUCCCACACGCCAAGCUUCACCUCCUGCAGCUCUUCCCACAGUCCUCUGGGCCCCUCGAGGGUUGACUGGGGCAAUGGCCGGGACUCCUGGGAGCACUCCCCCUACGCCAGGAGGGAGGAAGAGAGGGAGCCGGCCCCCUGGAGGGAGAACGGGGAGGACAAGAGGGACCGGACAGACAUGUGGGCACAUGAUCGCAAGCACUACCCUAGGCAACUGGACAAAGCCGAGUUAGAGGAGCGGCUCGACGCAGGGAGGGGCCAUCGAGAGAAGCACCCCAGGUCUGGGUCCCCCAACCCUCUCCACUCUGCAUCAAGCUACAAGAGCCGGGAAGACGGCUACUACCGGAAAGAGCCCAAAGGCAAAUCGGACAAGUAUCUGAAGCAGCAGCAGGAUGGGAGGUCCAGGAGGAAAGACGAGGCCAGGCUGCGGGAGAGCAGACACCCCCACCCGGACGAUGCGGCGAAGGAAGACGGGCUGGAGCCCAGGGUCUCCAGGGCCCCUGAGAGCACCAAGUCGAAGCAGAGUGAGAAAACCAGAACCAGGAGACCAGACAAAGACCAAGAAGGAGCUGAGGACAGAAAAGAAAGCAGAAUGGCAGAGAACGAGGUCGGAAAGGGGGACGUGGAAGAAAGCCCCCCGUCGGUGGACCGGCACGAGAGAGAAGCAGAGUCCUCUGAUCCAGAAAAUACAAGAACAAAGAAGGAUCAAGACUGGGAGAGUGGAAGCGAAGCAGAGGACGAGAGCUGGUACCCCACAAACAUGGAGGAGCUGGUUACAGUGGACGAGGUGGGGGAAGAAGAAGAUUUUAUCAUGGAACCGGACAUCCCAGAGCUGGAAGAGAUCGUGCCCAUUGACCAGAAGGACAAAUUGUGCCCAGAAAUGUGUUCCUGUGUGACAACCGCCUUACACCUGGACUUGGCCAAGGAUUUCACCAAGGAGGGCGUCAAGACCAUAGGUAACGGGGCUGCGGAAAUCAGCCCCAAGUCUCCCAAAGAAGGGCCGUCUGCCCCCACGAGCUGUCCCAGUGACAUGGACGUGGAAAUGCCUGGCCUAAAUCUGGAGGCUGAGCAGAAGCCAGCUGAAUGCGAGACUGGCCUCUCGCUGGAGGGUUCAGAUUGCUACGAGAAGCAGGCAAAGGGAGCAGAGAGCUCAGAUGUUCGUCUGUCCCCUACACUCCAGCAAAUGUCUUCCCCCAAGCCAGCUGAGGAGAGGGCCCGGCAGCCUAGCCCGUGUCUUGACGACAGCAAGGCCACGGGGACUCCCGAGAAUGGGGCUUGUGGAGGCAGCCCCCUGGAAGAGAAAGCUGCCCACCCCACCGACACCGACCCUCAAAGCCAGGCUUGCCGAGGAGUGUCGACCCAGGAAAACUCCAGGUACCUGGAAAUGAAGUCCCUGGACGUGCGGUCACCGGAAUACACGGAAGUGGAGCUGAAACAGCCCCUUUCUUUGCCUUCCUGGGAACCGGAGGAUGUGUUCAGUGAACUUAGCAUUCCUCUCGGGGUGGAGUUCGUGGUACCCAGGACCGGGUUUUACUGCAAGCUGUGUGGGCUGUUCUACACCAGCGAGGAGAUGGCGAAGAUAAGCCACUGUCGCAGUGCUGUCCAUUACAGGAACUUACAGAAAUACUUGUCCCAGCUGGCCGAGGAGGGCCUGAAGGAGCCGGAGGGGGCCGGCAGCCCGCGGCCCGAGGACAGCGGAAUCGUGCCCCAGUUUGAAAAGAAAAAGCUCUGACACCCUGGGCCUGUUGGAAGCUGGGAGGGAGGGCCCGCCCAGGUGGGGCCUUCCUGCCCGCCAGGACGGGGACUCACGCCAGAGAGGAAAGGACACCAGGCUGGCCACGGGGCCUAGUUCAUUCUCAGAGACUCAGGAAAAUGCUCUGGAGUGUUUCCCAGAGGCCUCACCCUGUGUGUCCAGCCCCCCAUCCCCACCCCCCAGGGUCGCCCACUCUCUCCCUGUCACUCUCGUUGCCUUCAGACAGUCUUUUCAUUUGCUUCUCUUCUUCCCUCUCCCUCCCUCUCUCCCUCCUCCGUGCCAAUGGUUGUUUUCUUUUCAUAAAAGCCAACUUCUCAGGGAUUUUCACAGUGUCCAACUUCUUGGUGGGCUAGGCCAGGCCAGGCCAGGCUGAGUCAUCCAAGGAAAAGAUUUCACGGAAACUCCUGGGUCAAGAACCGCUUCGGUGAACCUGGGCCGUGUCUCUGCCUGGCUCGCUGCGCGGGCAUCUGGGUGGGGUCUCCCGUCCCGAGAGGGGCCCCUUCGACAGUCCGUUGGCAGAAGCUGGGAGCUCCUCCAGCUGGACCACCUGUUGGAAAAGGCCCUGAUUUUAUGAAUAACUCCUUCACCCUCUCAGUUAUUCUAGAUGUCUACCAGGCUCAUGCCUUACAGUAAAAUUAAGUGAAUUUUACAGGGGGAGGAAAUGAGCCCUUCGAAUUGGAAGCUCCGAUCAUUUCCCCGAAACGUAGUCCCCUCCACUUGAUUUCAGGAGGUGCCAGGGUUCGGUCUGUCCUGGACAGAGAGUUUGGUAUAGAUUCGCUCUAAUUAAAGGUGAACACAGAAGCACCCUCUCCCUCCCACUGAAACAGCGGUUGGUAAGGGCUUAGGCUGAAUGGCGGCCUCCCUGCCAUGGGUGUCACCAAAACAAGGAAAUGGCAUCUGUCCGUGGCUCACCCUUGGCGCCUGCACUCUGGGCUCCAGCAGCCUCACUGCGGGAUGGUUUUAAAUGGUGUCUUGGAGGUGGGGGGUAGGGGGUGGAGGGCAGAGAAGUGAGGGAAAGGAGGCUGCAGGACUGAAGAGCAUUUGAGGGUUGCUGGUGUUUGUAGGUAGGCCCUUUCCGAUUUGGCAGAAGGUCAAGGGCGUCUCAGAGUUGACCCCCCGGGGCAGACUUUGAUGUCAAAUGCUGUGAAGAACAGAGCCCUUGCUCCCAACAGGCUGUCUGACACUGGAGGCCAGUGCCUUAGGCCCCAGCAACAGGCUGUCUGACACUGGAGGCCAGUGCCUUAGGCCCCAGCAACAGGCUGUCUGACACUGGAGGCCAGUGCCUUAGGCCCCAGGUGGACUGCAGGUCUCUAGUCGGAUGUCCCAUUGGAAGGCUUUGGGACAAUGGUGUUGGGGGAAAUGAGGCUCGGCUGCCACCCUAGAGAAGACCUGGAGAAGUUCAGAGAGCCUGGUGCUACUCCCACAACGGAGAUACUCGCCUGGAGGCGGCCUCCCUGGCUCUGCCCCUGGAAGACAGUCCCAGUUGUUUCUAUUCCUGACCGCCAGCAGGUAGACUAGGAAGAGAUUGAUUCUGGGUGGGAUUUUUUGUUAUUUUUGUUUCUGCAUUCUUCUUUUCAAGGUAGAUAACUAUACCGCAUAUUCUGUCCUCCACACUAAAUGGCAGAGGGGUAGAAAGAUUAUCUGAGUUCGACACCAACUUUUUGUCAGUAAGGAAACUGAGGCACAGGCAGGAAAGAAAUGUAGAACACAAAACGAUCACGUGUGAACCCUGGGGUCAGAGGAAACAGAUGGGCUCGGACAGGUGUGGUGAGAAGAGGCUGCGGGAAGCAGGAAACCUGAACUUGGCACCUGGCCACCCAGGGCCUCAGAAAGGUCGGGGUUUCAGAGCAGGGUUGGAAGAUGGUGACUCAACCCAGAACUGGUCCCCUGGCUGCCUCCACAGGCUCUUUUUUCUCACCUGGCAUUCUGGAAGCCAGCCUCCUCCAUUUCCCGGAAAACCUUGGGCCCUGUGUGUCUGUCUUCCCACUGGAGCAGCAGUUCUCAACCUGUGGGUCGCGACCCCUUUGGCGGUCGAACGACCCUUUCACAGGGGUCGCCUAAGACCAUCCUGCAUAUCAGAUAUUUACAUGACGAUUCAUAACAGUAGCAACAUUACAGUUAUGAAGUAGCAACGAAAAUAAUUUUAUGGUUGGGUCACAACAUGAGGAACUGUAUUUAAAGGGCCAGAAGGUUGAGAACCACUGCACUGGAGGGACAUCCAGGGCCAGCUCUCUGGCCUCCUGGCCAAACCUUGCUGCUGGGAAAAGCCUCGGCCUCAUGAGAGGCUAGGACUGUGCAUUUUCAAAGAGGCUGGCAGUCUUCUCCCUGCAAAGGGGAAGCUGACCCCACCAGCUCAUCCCCACUCCCCCCAGCAGCGUUUCCAUGGAAACCUGGAUGGCUGUUCAAGCAGCCUUGUUCCUGAGUAAAGUAAUGGCUCCCUUGCUGACAGACUGACCUUCUCCAUAUGGCAAAACUGGAGAGAGCUCUUGGGAGGGAGGGAGGAGAGGUGCGCUCUGCAUUCAAUCAGAACCUUCAGUUACCAAAUCAUUUAAGAAUCUGUAUUUGUGUGUGUGUGUAUAUAUAUAUAAAUAUAUAUAUAUAUAUUUAUUUUUAUUUAUUUUUAUACAAUUCCAUUGGCAUGGUCCUUCACCACUCUCUAAUUUUCUCCUUUUAUUCCUACGUGUGUCAUACACACUGCAGUAUUAAAGGCAACCAGGAAAAUAUUGAUUUAUUUUUUAAAGCUUUUCUUCAGUGUUUGUCAACCAUUUCAAAGAUUGUUCAAGAGCAGCCGCUACCUUGAGCAACAAUCAUUUGUUCCCUGGGUUGAUAUCACCAAAGGCCUGGGUCAUUUUAUUUUCAUGGUAAACACCUGAAAUAAAGUACAUCCAGACAGUAUUCCCAAAGAGUUUGGUAAAUUGGAUGUCGGUGGGAGUGUCAGGGUUUCCCUUUCUUGGAAAGUCCGAGGCUGUGACCUGUUAGUUUCUACUUGAACUGGACCAGCGUCUGUUUUUUUGAGCUUACGAGAAAAAGAAGAAACACUAGUUAACUGAAGUUUGAACUUGUAAAGUAUUGGAAUUCGUUGAGUGUCCCAUAAAUUGUCGGCAUUUUUCCUGAUCUGUAUAACUGACCGCAAGUGCUUGUUUUUAUGAAAGAAAAAAAUGAUUUUUAAU